UUCUCUCCAUCUCCCUCAUAUGCCCCCCUCUCCUUCUUCUUCUCGAUCCAUCUCUCUCUCUCUUUCUCCUUCUCUCUGUUCCUAGUCCAUCGAUUUACCCUCUCUCAGAUUCUUCUCCCUUCUUCUUUGACUUUUAUUUGACACCAUAGUCUCUUUCCCCUUCCAUCGAUUUAGGGUUUCCGAUUUCCUCUUUCGAAAUUUCCUUAUUUUGAUUGGUUCCUCUCUCCUUGUGCAAUUCCCCGUAUCUCUCUACUCGCUCUUUCCCUGUUAGGUUUCGUAUUCAUCUCUUCCGAGGAGCCUUCUGAUCCGAUCUCCCUCGAAUUAUAUCGCGUGUGAAGCUAGACCGGUUUCUGAUGUUUCCGUGCUUCUCUUUUGCUUGGAUCGCCUAAUCGUGUUAUGAUGGUGGGUACUCAAAGUUUAGGUGGUUCGCUGCCGCCUCUCAGUUCUCCUAAAAGCUAUGGAAUUACGAAGCCGCUCUCGCUUGCUGGGCCUUCUUCUGCGGAUAUCAAGCGUAAUGUGGAGCUGGAGAAGUACUUGGUUGACGAGGGACUCUACGAGAGGGAGGAGGAUACCAUGCGGAGAGAGGAAGUUCUGGGGCGCAUUGAUCAGAUUGUAAAGCACUGGGUGAAACAGUUAACACAACAAAGAGGAUAUACAGAUCAGAUGGUAGAGGAUGCAAAUGCUGUUAUUUUCACCUUUGGAUCAUACAGACUUGGUGUACAUGGGCCCGGGGCUGACAUUGACACUUUGUGUGUUGGGCCAUCUUAUGUUAAUCGGGAGGAGGAUUUCUUCAUCAUCUUGCAUGAUAUAUUGGCUGAGAUGGAAGAAGUGACUGAGCUUCAUCCUGUUCCUGACGCCCACGUCCCGGUCAUGAAAUUUAAAUUUCAAGGAAUACCGAUUGAUCUGCUCUAUGCUAGCAUAUCACUUUUAGUUGUGCCACAGGAUCUGGAUAUCUCCAGCUCUUCUGUGCUGUGUGACGUUGAUGAGCCAACCGUUCGAAGUCUUAAUGGUUGUAGAGUAGCUGACCAGAUUCUUAAACUCGUUCCAAAUUUUGAGCACUUCCGGACAACAUUAAGAUGCCUGAAGUACUGGGCUAAAAAGCGUGGUGUCUAUUCAAAUGUGACUGGAUUUCUUGGCGGUGUAAACUGGGCACUUUUAGUCGCUCGUGUGUGCCAGCUCUAUCCAAAUGCAAUUCCGAGUAUGUUGGUUUCUCGUUUUUUCAGAGUAUAUACUCAAUGGCGGUGGCCGAACCCAGUCAUGCUUUGUGCAAUAGAAGAGGAUGAGCUUGGAUUUCCUGUCUGGGACCCUCGUAAAAAUCAUCGCGACCGCUAUCACCUUAUGCCAAUAAUCACUCCAGCUUAUCCAUGCAUGAAUUCUAGUUAUAAUGUCUCUCAAAGCACUCUUCGUGUUAUGACAGAGCAGUUUCAGUUUGGUAACAAUAUCUUGCAGGAGAUUGAAUUAAAUAAACAGCACUGGAGCUCUUUAUUUGAACAAUAUAUGUUUUUCGAGGCAUAUAAAAACUAUCUUCAGGUUGAUAUAGUGGCAUCAGAUGCAGACGAUUUAUUGGCUUGGAAGGGUUGGGUGGAAUCGCGGUUCAGACAGCUAACCUUAAAGAUAGAAAGAGACACUAAUGGGAUGUUAAUGUGUCAUCCCCAACCAAAUGAGUAUAUAGACACGUCUAGACAGUUUCUCCAUUGUGCCUUCUUCAUGGGCUUGCAGAGGGCGGAGGGAGUUGGUGGUCAAGAAUGUCAACAGUUUGAUAUACGUGGUACAGUCGAUGAGUUUAGACAAGAAGUAAACAUGUAUAUGUUCUGGAAACCUGGGAUGGAUGUGUUCGUUUCUCAUGUUCGUAGGCGACAGCUUCCACCUUUCGUAUUCCCUAAUGGCUUUCGAAGGCCUCGGCAGUCUAGGCACCAAAAUCAACAGGGUGGAAAAUCUGGUGAAGAUGUCACUGUUUCUCAUUCCGGCUCUGUGGUAGAGAGGAACACGAAGAGAAAGAAUGACAAUGAAAUGAUGGAUACUAGGCCAGAGAAACCUGAGAAGCGUGCGUCUCUUAGUCCACAGAGUCUAGACAUAGUUUCUCCUGAAAGUAGUGCUAUCACUACUGGUUGGACUCCUCCUAUUUGUAACCUUAGAAGGCCACCUGGUGAGGAAAUAGAGGCUGAAAAUUUGAACACUGAGAGUACUGAACUGACUAAUUUUGCUCGAAAUGAGUGCAUCUCUGGCACCGAGCAAGCUUUGGAACUAGAUAGUACCGCUCUAGUUCAAGAAUGCUCUGAUCCAGCUGAGCCUUUGGGAAUGUGUGUGACACCUGACUCGAGUGAUAUGGUAGCACCUGGAAGUGUACAGGAAGAAAAUUUAGAUAGUGAUUUGAGGUCUGUAUCAAUCAGUGGUACUGACUCUCAACUUCUUCCAAGGCUUCUCGAUAUGAAAGGUGUAGUCGAUGAAGUUGAGAGAGAAUCAAAUAUAUUAAGUGGGACAAGGACAACUGGACAAAUUGCUGAUAGUGUUCUGCCAGGCAAAUUCUACGGGCAGAACCGCGAAAAUGAGGGUUUCGGGUUUCCUGCUGCAAAUUCAGAUCCAUUUGUUGGAAAGGAUAGCUUGUACCCUCAAAGUGGCAUGUCAGAAGACUUUCAGUCAAACUCUUUGGUAAGCGGGAUGGAGAAGCCGGAAGACAGAGCUAGGUCAGAAUCUUUGCAGAAGUCACAGAUAAGGUUAAGCUUAAAGUCCAAUGUGUGAACGUCCUCUCUAGGCUAUUGACGUGAUAACCAGACUCAUCAAGAAAACGGGAAUAUCAGCUGAAGUUGUUGCGGUGGACAGACGACAGUCAGAAACCUUUGGUAAGUGAAUUUUUAUAUGAAAAAAACAAAAAAAAACAAAAAAGAAGAAAAAAAGCUAAAAAGACAUUUUAAAAAAUCCAAAAAAAAAAAGAGAUAAGUAAAAAGAAACAUAAGAGAAGAGAAGGUACAAGCAGAAGGAAGGAUUUGUCUUGAUGGUGGUAUUUUGUGUGAGAGGCUUGGACAAUGGGAACAGUGAUCAUCACUCAAGUAGAAGAAUUGAAGUGACUUAUUGUGGGGAUGGUGAAUGUUUUUUCUCUUUUUUUUUUUUUUUUUCCUUUUUUUGGUUGUAUUCGGCUGCUUCAGACUUUUGUCCUCUGAGGACUUUGACUUGAAUCGUUGUGUUAUCUAUUUUAUUUGGCGGUUUAUGUAUAUAAAAUCUAUGGCUCCAUGUCUCUUUUUUGUACUUGUGCUGUCAAAACUAAGUCAGUAAUUACAGUGAAAGGCGUCCAAUUGGAA